GGGGGACGUGCCGUCGAGUGUUUAUGCGCGUAAUGGCGGCGGACAGGCUGUGAUGAGCCACGGCGAAAAAACAGAGCCAGCGAUCCAGCCCUCGGUCAGUUUCCACAGCGGCGACACGGAAGAACGCCAAAAUGCAGAUCACGCUGAAAACCCUCCAGCAGCAGACGUUUAAAAUCGACAUCGACGCGGAGGAGACGGUAAAGGCCUUAAAGGAAAAAAUAGAGAAUGAAAAGGGAAAAGAUAACUUUCCAGUGGCGGGGCAGAAGUUGAUAUACGCAGGCAAGAUCCUGAGCGAUGACACGGCUCUGAAGGAGUACAAGAUAGAUGAGAAGAACUUUGUGGUGGUUAUGGUAGCAAAGCCCAAAGCCGCUCCCGCAUCGGCCCCGUCAUCAGCUGCCACAGCGUCCAGCACUACAGCGACCCCGACCCCUUCCACCGGCCCGGCCGCAGAAACCCCGUCUGAGAGCACCACCGAAGAGGACAAACCCGCCGAGGAGAAGCCCUCCAGUGGCGCUGAGCCCUCCUCUACACCCGCCAGUUCUUUGCCAAACGCAAACAUAUUUGAAGAGGCGACGUCUGCGCUGGUGACGGGUCAGUCGUACGAGAACAUGGUGACGGAGAUCAUGCUGAUGGGAUACGAGAGAGACCGAGUGGUGGCGGCACUGAGAGCCAGUUUCAACAACCCUGACCGCGCCGUGGAGUACCUGCUGACGGGUAUUCCUGCGGAGAGCGAGGGGAGUGUGGGAGGUGCUGACCCCGUGGUUCCUGCGGGGGGCGCUCCUACUGCGUCCACAGGCCUCUCUUCACCGUCCAGCACCGCCCCGUCACAGCCCAGCUCAGGAUCAGGGGCCAAUCCUCUGGAGUUCCUGAGGAACCAGCCGCAGUUCCUGCAGAUGAGACAGAUCAUCCAGCAGAACCCGUCUCUCCUACCAGCUCUCCUACAGCAGAUUGGCAGAGAGAACCCGCAGCUCCUGCAGCAAAUCAGCAGCCAUCAGGAGCAGUUCAUUCAGAUGCUUAAUGAGCCGGUGCAGGAGGCGGGACAAGGAAGUGGUGGUGGGGGCGUGGCCGAGGCAGGAGGCGGGCACAUGAACUACAUCCAGGUCACACCCCAGGAGAAAGAAGCUAUUGAGAGGCUAAAAGCCCUUGGAUUCCCAGAAGGACUCGUUAUACAGGCAUACUUUGCUUGUGAGAAGAAUGAAAAUUUGGCUGCAAACUUCCUUUUACAACAGAACUUUGAUGAUGAUUAGAGGAGUGGCACCCGAUCAUUUUCCCCUCUUUUUUUUUUUUUUUUUUUUUUGGUUUAGUUUUUUUUUUUUUUUUUUUUUUUUUUUUUGAAUGAUCUUUUUUUUUGAGAAGAAAAUCUAUACAAACACACACACACUCUGACACAAACACACAGGCUGUCGUAUUCUGUCUAAAUUCUACACACUGGAUGACAUGAGCACGUCCGUCUGGAGACGAGCGCAUCUUUUGUUUGUCUCCAGGGGCAGAAAUCAGUAAAAGCCUCUUUGCUUCAUCUAACACUUGCCUGUGUGAUACCUGUUUUUCAUUUGUUCUUUUUUAUGACCAAUAAAAUAAUUUUCUCCAUCGCUACGACAUGUUAGCAGGUUCAGGGGCCUCAUGAAAUUAGUUUUCCAUGAAUUGGGAAUCCUAAUGGAUUGGGACGUUUGGUUUAAUAACAUUAUCAGUGUCCCGGUUCAGGGCAGUGUUUUUCUUUUGUUUAUCACUCUCUUUUUUUUUUCUCAUUCGAGGUGACCAUUAAUAGGGAUCCUAAAUACUGCGGUUUUAAAUGACAGUGAAGAUUUUAAAAGUAAGCGAAUGGAGUUUGGUUUCUCUCUUUGAGGAUCUUACUGUGGGUGUUAUGAAUGAUACUGACACAUGCAGCCCUUUCAUAUACAUUAAGAACCAUUAAACGCAUGUAUAUGACUUCCAUAGUUUGACGUCAAUAUCACUAUACUGUCAUUUUUACAGGGAAAUAAACGUUUUCAACGUAAA